UGCGUAUCCACUUUUUCCCGAACGUUCAGCAGAAUAGUGGAAGAGGGUCGGCCGUGGCAACUGACUAAGAAGCGGGACAAAGGACAAACGGAAAACAAAUUGGAGACGGCUGUUAGCACGCAGAGGCUGACCUCCUUUGCGGGCCUCACCUGAGGAGUCCAUCACAGAGCACAAGUGACUCCUAGUGGAACUUCCUCCGUGUGUGGUCCACUUUGACGAGCAGCACCACAAUGAAAAACCGCAACGAAGGUCAGCCCGCUUCCUCUCCUCCUCCUCAUCUUUAGACAGCAAACUUGUGAGAGUCUCUUGGUGACACCACUUUUUUUUUCCUUUAUGGAAGGACACAUGUAAAGGACAUUAAAGGAGGUUCGCGUGUGUGUGCACAUAUGUGUGUGUGUAUGUGUGUGUGUGUAUAACUCAUGGUGUGUUGUGGUUGUGUGUGAAUCAAGCUUCUGACAGAAGCGUUGCAGGCUUAUGCUUAAAUCACAAAGUCCACCAAGUGAUGACUGCUGAGCUGACCAAUAUAUGAACACAAACGGUGCAGCUACACAUGUAGACAUUCAACAAGACAGUUCUCACAGUCAUAUCCUUGGUGAGCCGAUACUGAUGCAUAGAUACUAGGUACAGAUGCGCAUGUGCAGUCGGCGUUAACCUACAUAACGUCGCACGGGUAAUUGCGUUGAACUGUAACCGUCCGCGGUUUGCGGGUGAAACAAAGUGUGUGUUUACAUCCCGUGGGAGCAGCCAGCCUCUCAUGCAAUAUCCUAGAGUGGGAGGGGAGGGGCCAAGACCGCGAAGAAGAGGGUGAGGGGUGACUCCUUGCAGAAACCUGAUGCCGCUUCGGGCCCUUUAAAGGAGGAAGAUGGUCCUCUCAUUGAAGGCCGGGAGGAGCGUGUGUGUGUGUGUGUGUGUGUGUAUGUGUGUGCGUGUGUUAGUGUGUGUGUGUGUGACUGCAUGAUGUGUGCUUGCACGCGGCGGGCUCACACAGUCAGCAGAGCACGGCCAGGCAGGAGCUGCUUCAGGAAGAAGAAUAAUGAAUGAAUGAGUGGACGAAGGAGAGCGCUGUGGACGCCGUGAGCGUGGCCCUGUGGGUGGAGUCGACCAGCAAAAAGUCCGAGAAAAUCGUGGACAUGGCUGACGUGAUGGAGAGCGGCAGCGGCGGCGGUGUCGCGGGAGCUCCCGGCGUGGAUUGGCAGAAGCGCUGUGCGGCUCUGGAGAUGCAGCUGCUGAGGUUCCGGAUCCAAGCCGGGAAAAUCCGGGAGCUGCUGGGCGAGAAGAUGCAGGAGCUGGAGCAGCGGGCGAUCGAGGCCGACCAACGAGCAGAGAGCGCCGAGAAACAGAUCCACACCAUGGAAGAAAAGCUCAAGUCAUCAAACAUCCAUAGCUGCGAGUCCGAAAGCUUAGUGUACAGGAAGUACCAAGACCUGAUGGCCCGGGUCCAAGAAAAAGAUGCCACCAUCAAGAAAUUAAAGAUCCAGCUGGAAAAGCAGAUCUUAGUCAGAACCCAGGAGGCCAAAAUAAUUGAGGAGAAGGCAGCCAAGAUUAAAGACUGGGUGAAGAUGAAGCUCCAAGAGAUGGAGCAAAAGAACGAACACCUUAAACAGGCCAAGUCGAAGCAGAUGGAGGAGAUCGCGAUGCUGCACGACAAACUAAAAGCUCUUUUAGAGAAACCGGCCACCAGUCCCGCCGGAUCCCCAAAGUCUCAGCUCAGACUCGCACCUAAAAGCCCAGCGGUGCCUCGCUCGCCCUCCACCAACAACCCCUUUCCCAGUCCCGCCCAGUCGGGCGCCAGCAUGACCUUACCCAAGAUCCGGACACCACUCACCCCCAGGGACAGCAUCCAGCUGGUGAAGAAGCAUUUGAGCCAGCCCCAGCACAACCUGGAUCGACUCCACCAGCUGGUCAGCAUCGACAUUAUGACGCCCUCGUCCACUUGCUCCACCCUCACCACCAGCGCGUCGCCCGUCUCCCAGCCAGUCGAGGAAACGGACAUUGACGACACGCUCCUGGACAGCAUGGACGGCGUGGUAGAAGGAUCCGAAUCAGAGCAUGACGGAGUCCCCCUUGUGGGUCUCGCAGAGGAACUGGAGAGACUGGAUCCUGAUGUUGUGAAACCACCGACGCCUCCCUUGCGUCGCUUCCCUUCCUGGGAAAGUCGAAUCUAUGCCGUGGCCAAGGCUGGAAUGAGAGUAUCUGAGGCAUCACCUGGAGCCAGGUGCCAAGGGCGAGGUUCCAUUUUGCCCCAGUGUCCAGCGGCCAGUCCUUUUGCGCAGUUGAUUUACAAGAACAUCAGCGUUCCGGUCUACACCACACUGAAAGGGAAAGCCACUCAGAUCAGCGCUGUGCCUCUGCGGGACAACGACGACUCGGGUUCAGAGGACGACAGCGGCUCCCUGGCCAGCUUGCGGACCUCUGUGCUGAGUCCAGACAAGCGGGCCGGCGUUCCCGGCAGCCCUCGUGCUGUCAAGAGAGGUGUCUCCAUGUCCUCCAUCAGCUCGGAGAGUGACUACGCUAUCCCGCCUGACGCCUGCUCCCUGGACAGCGACUACUCGGAACCAGAGCACAAAGUCCAGAGGACCUCUUCUUACUCUUGUGAGAGCACCGGGCCCGAGACCCUGGAGAAAUCUGGCUACCUGUUGAAGAUGAGCAGUCAGGUGAACGCGUGGAAGCGGCGCUGGUUCAUCCUCAGGAACGGCGAGAUUCUCUACUACAAGACACCCAGCGACGUCAUCAGGAAACCUCAAGGUCAGAUUGAGCUCAACUCGUCUUGCCGAAUCGUCCGUGGAGAAGGAGCGCAAACCUUUCAAUUGAUCACAGAGAAAAAGACUUUCUACCUGACGGCGGAUUCGCCUAACAUCCUGGAGGAGUGGAUCCGGGUCUUGCAGAACAUCUUGAAAGUUCAGGCCAGCAGCCCAGUCAGCGUGGGGCCCACCUAUGACAAGCCCACUGUGACAGGCUGGCUCACUAAGGUCAAACAUGGGCGUUCCAAGCUGGUGUGGUGUUCUUUGGUCGGAAAGGUCUUCUACUACUAUCGCAACCAAGAAGAUAAACUGCCACUGGGCCAGCUGCAGCUGCGCUCGGCGUCCGUCCAGGAAGUGGACCGCUCGUGCGACUCGGAUGAGGACUACGAGGCAGGCCUUGGCGGCGGCUUCCUUUCGUCACAUUGCACCCUGGUGGUGAAGCCCGGCGACCAGAGCCCCUCAUACCUCCUCGUCGGCACCAAACAGGAAAAGGAUGCGUGGCUGUACCACUUGAGCGUGGCAGCGGGAAGCGGCGCCAACCUGAAGGUGGGCACAGAGUGCGAGCAGCUUAUCGGUAGACUGUUGGAUGCAGAUGGAGACACAGAAAGCAGCCUGUGGCAGAGUGACGCUUUGAGCUUCUCCAAGGAAGGUCUCCGCUCGCCGCUCACCACGCUGCCCUCGGACGCCCUACAGACGGAAGCUCUCAAGCUCUUCAAGUCAUGCCAGCUGUUCAUCAACGUGCUGGUGGAGUCUCCGUGCGUGGACUACCACACGUCGUUGGCACAGAACGCCCUGCAAGUGUGCCUGUCGCACCAGGAGCUCCACAACGAGAUGUUCUGCCAGCUCAUCAAGCAGACCAACCGCCGCACGACGCACGACUACUCUGUCACGCAGUGCUGGCAGCUGCUGUCGUUGUGUGUGGCGCUCUUCCUCCCCCAGCAGCACUUCCUGUGGUACCUCAGGCAGCACCUGCACCGAAACGCUGACCCCAGUAGCGACGUGGGCAAGUACGCCGUGUACUGUCAGCGCUCAGUCGAGCGGACGCUGCGCAACGGCGAGCGGGAGGCCAGACCAUCACGCAUGGAGAUCGUCUCCAUCCUGCUGAGGAACCCCUACCACCAUUCCCUGCCCUUCAGCAUCCCGGUGCACUUUAUGAACAACACGUACCAAGUUGUGGGUUUUGAUGGCUCCACCACCGUGGACGAGUUCCUCAACACGCUGAACCAGAGGAUCGGCAUGCGGAGCCCUCAGCUGUCCGGCUUUGCGCUCUUUACCGACGACCCGUCCGGAAAAGACCUGGAGCACUGCUUGCUGCCCCCCGCUAAGAUUUGUGAUGUUAUUUCCAAGUGGGAGCAGGCCCUGAAGGAGCAACACCCAGCGAAGAACGAGGGAACGCGGAUUGUACGGUUGACUUACAAGAACAGGCUUUGCUUCCGCUCUCAAGUCAAAGGCGAGACGGAGCGCGAGCGCCUCCUGUUGGCUUACCAGGUGAAUGACAACGUGCAGCAGGGCUAUUUCCCCGUCAACAAGGAACUGGCGCUGGAGGUGGCUGCCCUCAUGGCGCAGGUUGAGCACGGCGAUCUGGAGCGAGCGCCCUCCUCACCCGCCUCCUCCCCUCAAGCCAAGUCUCAGUUGAUGCUCCUGCAGGCAUUGGAGCGCUUCUACCCCAAACGCUACAAACACAACUGCAGCGCCGAGCAGCUCAGGGAGCUGAGCGAGCAUCUGUCGGCCAAGUGGUCCGCGCUACGCGGCUGCAGCGCGACCGAGUGUGUGAGAAUUUACCUGACGGUGGCGCGCAGGUGGCUGUUGUUUGGGGCCAAACUCUUCAACGUCAGGGCCGUGCCGCCCGCCCCUCACGAACAAGGCCCGGCCUGGGUGGCGGUCAACGAGGACGGGCUAUGCGUGCUGGACUACGCUAUGCACACACUGUCCUCAUACGCCUACCAGUCGAUAAUCACCUUUGGCGGCUGCUGUGACGACUUCAUGGUGGUCGCCAGCCAGCAGAAGGAGCCGGGAGGCGGGACCAAGGGCGUGACCAAGCUGCUGUUCGCCAUGACCAGACCAAAGAUCCUGGAACUGACUCUGCUCAUGGCCAGCUAUAUGAACCACCGGACCCCGGCUGCCCCUUCCGUCUCAAAGCAGCAGUGGGACGUCGACGCUCGCCACUUUCCCGCCAUGAACUACACCACCCAGGUCCCCACGCUACUCUGACCACCGUGGCGAAGAGUGCCUCGCUCAAAUGGCUUUUCUUUGUUUUUAACCAGAUACCUAAUGAAGAUAUGUCACAAAGGUACAAUCAUUAGGUAAGCUAGCUAGCUAGCUUGGAUUAAUUAACAUUUUUCUCACUGCACGGUAUCAACUUAGCUUGAAAUUCUGAUACAAAAGUAGCUUCUAUGAGGUACUAUUUCUUUGUCUAUGUUCUUUCUUAGUCACCCGUGGUAUGGGGGGCUUAGACUGAGAAAAUGUGUGCCAUUCUCAAAAACGCAAAACUUUUUGAAUUAAUGUCGUAAUUUAAGAACACUUGUUUGUCAUAAAUUGUCAGUUACUGUUUGUGUGUCCCAUGAAAAUAAAGCGGUACAGUUGGCAAAAUACGCUCUCA